UCUGACGGAAGGGGCGAGAGGAGGAGCCCAGACCUGACCUGUCCCGGGAGGACACACCUGUAGGGACAGGCCAGGCGGCCUCAGGCGCGGCAGGAGGUAAACUUGAAGCCCAUUUUCCGUGAUCUCUGUUUGUCAAACCCAAGUCGAUGGAGAAGUGGAUGGGUUGUGAGCAGCAGAAUGGCAGCGGCCAUGGGGUGAACUUCUGUGUUCUGUUGCUGCAGAGAAAGGAGCUGGCCUGUGAGGAGGUAAACCUGCCCACAGUACUUCCCCACCAGCACCCGGCCGCGGGCCGCAGGAGGGAGUGGGUCCUGAAACCGUGCCCGAAAACUCCCCAGCCCUUGGUUAAGUCGCUCUGAUGUGCUUGGUUUAGGGGUGUUUUCAUGGUUAGAAGGAGGACCUGCUUUUCCUCCUUCAUGGGGACAUGGGGGGCACCAACACCUGUGCGCCAGCCCUGGCUCAGUCCCUGGACGCACAGCGCCUUCUGGUGCUGGCGCAGAGCGGCCCACUGUGGACGGCGGCUGCAGGGGCCUGACCCCAGGCGAGCCGGCGCGAUCGGUCCGCGGCCCGGCCCGUGCUGGGAAUGUGGUCCCGCCUCGUCUGGGGUCUGGAGGCGAAAGGCUGCAUCCAGUGCUGAAGGCGGACACAUGACGACCCCAGUGACCGCGGCCCUGGCCCUUUGUUGUGGACGAGACGCCGCGUGGGGCCCCGCAGCCCUGUGCUGACCGCGCUCGCUGUGACCCAGGACUCGGGACAAUGGGUCUCGCGGGCGACCAAGGGGCAUCGGAGAGCAUCUUUGACCUGGACUACGCCUCCUGGCAGAUCCGCGCCACACUGGUGGCCGCCGGCUUUGCCUUCUACCUGGGUGUCUUCGUGGUGUGCCACCAGCUGUCGUCCUCCCUGAACGCCACGUACCACUCCCUGGUGGCCAAGGAGAAGGUCUUCUGGAACCUGGCAGCCACGCGGGCCGUGUUUGGCGUGCAGAGCACGGCCGCGGGUCUGUGGACGCUGCUGGUGGACCCAGUGCUGACGGCCGACAAGGCGCACGCCCAGCAGAGCUGGUCCUGGUUCCACGUGGCCACGGCCACCGGCUUCUUCCUCUUCGAGAACGCGGCCCUGCACCUGUCCAAUGCGCUCUUCCGCACCUUCGACCCCUUCCUGGUGCUCCACCACCUCUUCGCCUUCCUGGGCUUCCUGGGGCUGGCGGUGAACCUGCAGGCCGGCCACUACCUGGCCAUGACCACGCUGCUGCUGGAGGCCAGCACGCCCUUCACCUGCGUGUCCUGGAUGCUGCUGAAGGCUGGCUGGGCCGACUCGCUGCUCUGGAAGGCGAACCAGUGGCUGAUGAUCCAUAUGUUCCACUGCCGCAUGGUGCUCACCUACCACAUGUGGUGGGUGUGCGCGCAGCACUGGGAGGGCCUGCGGGGCACCCUGCACCCGCCGCACCUGGCGCUCUUCCUCCUGGGCAUGAGCCUCCUGACACUGGUGCUCAACCCCUACUGGACCCACAAGAAGACGCAGCAGCUCCUCAGCCCCGUGGACUGGAACUUCGCCUCGCAGCGGCCCCGGGGCCCCGCCCCGCCCAGGGCCAACGGCCAGGUGCCCCUGAAGAAGGGGCAGUAGCCGCUGGGAGCCCCCCGCCUCCCGACGCCCCAGCGCUGCUCCUACGAGAGGGCUUGGUGGUGCAUUAGCAUUAAUUCCCAAGUCGCCACCAAGCGCCUCCGACGUGACUGCCUUCAAGGGCAGAACUGUUGCGUUGUCUGUAAUGGUUCCUUCCUGGGAGCCCACCUUGGGGGCGAGCUGGUCAUGGAAGGUUCCGGGGAGGCGGGGCUGGGUACGAGUGCAGGCGACCGGCUUUCUUGCCCUCGCCUUGCUGGGCCUCACAGAUGGCGUUUCCUACAAAGGAGGGCGGUCUCCACCGGCAGGCAGGUGGGAGGCCGGCGUUGCUGUGGUCGGAGCCCAGCCACCUGUCUGCGGGGGCUGCCUGGCUGAGGAGACGUCGUAUGAGAAACGCCACGCACUGGGUCUCCUCAGCCAACCCGCUCUGUUCAGACCUUGUCUGUUCCCUUGGAAGGAAUCGCCCCAACAUAGAAAACCAUGGGACUGGUCUCCUUGCAAGUUCCCAGAGCGAGUCUGUCCAGCCCGUGCAGCAGUGCCCUCUAGGGGCCACGCUGCAGCGGCGCCGUGUGGGGGCACCCAGCCCCAUAGGGCGGUUGGGGGAAGUCUCGCAGAUUUUUUAAGGAAGUUGCACAAAACCAGAAUCAUGUGUUCACAAUGAAUUGCUCAGUUGACAAAAUAAGGAAGAUACUUAAUCAUCAGAAUAGCCUAGAUUUCAGAGACAUUGCAAUUGGACUGCGUGCCAGCGGGUGCCCGAACGAGACCCCGAUUCCUUGGUGGUUUUCUCUGGAUCCCACGACAAGGUGGUGCCGGCUCCCUGCGAGCUGUGGGCAGACCGGCCUCGGCCUCUGUGGUGCGGGCUGCCAGGCCCUGCGGCUCCCCUGCUUCCCGGCUGCCUGGGGCCAGCCCGAGACGUCCUGGUCACUGCCAUGCCAGGCGGACCUGUCCCCCGCCCCCCGGAAGUCUCACCCAGAGAGGCCCAGCAUCUGUGCGUGGCACGCGUGUGCAGCUCAUCGAAGGGAUGGUUACGGAAGCACCUGGGGUGUUUGGAAGACUCGUUUCUUGCUGAGAUCACGUGGGACCUGGGCCGUUCCGUGCGGGACCCUCGGAGGCCGUGUUUGAUGACGGCGCGCUGAUUCUAUUGAUCAUGUCACCCCUAUUUAUCGCACCUUAAGAAGUGAGUUAAAUCUUAACAGUACCCACGAAUCAUGCCCUGCAGCUAACUGACGCCCUGGCCGGCCUGCCCUUUCCCGUUCCCGUGGAAGCAGAGGGGUCGGCCAGCCAGACUUCUAACAAAGUAAAAUAAAGCAGCCGAUGUUUGCAGA